AACAUUCCUGGCUCAGUACGAUUCGAUCGUCGAAACGGUUCACUAGUCUUAUAAGUAAGAAGAGAAAUUACAAGUGUUAUGUCGGGACUAGAGAACUUAAGCGAGGGAGACUUGGCGGCGUUAAAAAUUAUAUUCGACCCCACAGCGGUCAUUGGUGAGGUUGUUGAUCGUGAAGAUAAAUUCCAAGAUGAUGAACCAGAGCCAUCAACACCAGAAUAUUUGGAAUCAAAGGCGCUGAGAUUAUUUGGUGCGCGGGCAGCUGAGCAAGGCAAACUGGAGGAGGCAUUGGAAGAGAUGAACAAGGCAGUGGCAGCUGCGCCGGAGUUGCCCGACGCCUACAAUGACAGAGCUCAAGUGCUGCGACUCAUGCUGAAAGACGAUGAGGCGAUGUCGGACUUGGAUCGCGCGUUACAGCUGACAGAGGGCCGGCGGUGCCGUGUGCGCGCGUUCGCGCUCUGUCAACGUGGCCUGUUGCUGCGCAAGCGCGGAGCGGAGGACGAGGCGCGCGCUGCCUUCACAGAGGCUGCCACUAUCGGUAGCAGCUUUGCUAAGAAACAGGUUGUGGAAAUGAAUCCUUAUGCCGCUCUCUGCAACCAGAUGCUGAGCCAAGUGUUGCGGGGGGACAAGAUCAAACUAUAAUAACA